CACAUCCAGAACAAGGGUCGAGAGUCGUUUUUUCACUCUUCUCAACCCCGUUUAUUGGGGAUCCUAGAUCCAUACGCAUAGGUAUCCUCCUGACCCCCCAGAUGAUCCAGGCAUAAUUAAGUACGUGAUUUUUCCCACUGCAAAUCACCCAAGGGCGAAGGCGUCGACGAGAUGGAGGAGCAGGAGACCAGUAUCGGGGACCUGCACACGGAUGCCUUCGUGGAGAUCCUGCGGCGCGUCGCGCCGAGCGCGCGCCGCCGCCUCCGCCUCGUCUGCCGGCGCUGGCGCAACGUCAUCAACUCCCGCGCGCCGGUGUGGCGGGGCCACGCGAAGACGCUCGCCUUCGUCUACCAUCGCCCCGGUCCAGCCACCGCCGCGUACGCCAUCGACGGCCUGGAGGAGGACGACGAAGGGUGCUACCGGAAGCUAUGGGACGCCGCCGCCGACCCGAGUCUUCCGGCCAUCUACUCCCGCCUGAGGAUGAUCGGCAGCUGCAACGGCCUGCUCUGCCUGUACGACGAGGGGGUCACCGGCGACAUCGCGCUGCUCAACCCGGUCACCGGCGAGACGCUGGACGUCGCCGGGCCGCCGGGCCACCGGCUCAGGCGCCAGGAGCCGUACGGCCACGUCCCGUACGGCGAGGCGUUCAGCUUCACGUACCACGAGGCGACGGAGAGGUACAAGAUCGUGCACCUCGCCGUCAGCGACGGGCGGCUGGAGGCGGUGGAGGUGCUCACGCUCGUGGACGGCGCGCCGUCGCCGUCGUGGCGGAGGGUGGCGGCGCCCGCCGGAUCGAGCUGCUGGCUGCCGGCCGGCGUCGUCAGCGACGGCCAAGCCACGUACUGGAUCAACCACGGCGGCGGCGACAGGCUCAUGUCGUUUGACCUCACGGAUGAGCGUGUCGCGACGAUCACGUCGCUGCCGGUGGCGGCCAAGAACUUGAACGCCGGUUGCUUGAGGAAGGCGCGUGGGAGGCUGUGCGUGGGCAACCGUAUCCAUCACGACUAUCAAAACAACACCGAAAUCGAUGAGAUGUGGUUACUGGAGCGUGAUGGAUGUGAAAGCUUGGAGAGGUGGUAUUGCCGGUUCUACUUGACUACGCGACUGUGCAUGGAGGUGCAACAAGUUGUAGGGCCACACUUUACCCAGGGCGAACAUAUCUUGGCCCAUCGCCAUGGAUCCUUGUAUGUGCAUCGGUGCGUGAGCAGUGCGACAAGGCCACAGUGCAGUGUAGCGCAGAUACACGAGCACUGGCCUUACCAUGAACCCAUGUUCACGUGUGGUCAUGCAAGUAAUAUUCGGGCCUUCUCCUACAUCGAGACUACGGAGCCAUUGAACGUAUACCAAUGCAAUGGUGGAUCUAAGAUUGGAAGUGUGGUUAAUAACGAUGAGGAGAUGGCUACAGGUAAGACGACAUCUCUAGGGCAAAUGCUAACCUCCAUGUUCAAUGACCUCCCAAGUCCUCACCCCAAGCGCCCGGUUGCCAGGCGAAGAAAACGGCGAACCAAUCGUUUUAAGUGACGGAUUGUCUACCGGAGUACUUUCGGUAUGUCCGAACAAGAAGGGAUACUGUGUCACCAGACCAAGAAAAAAUUAAAUCAUCUUAGAUGUUACAAAAUCAAGGAGUGAAUGGAAGCAUGCAACCAAUGAGUAUUUAGAUGACUCCUUGAGUUCUAAUCAAACAUUUAAUUUAUCUCUUUAUUUAAGUCUUGAAUGCAUAAAGACUACAAAUAAAAAUAACUUAUUUGGAAAAACUAAAAUGUGAAAUAGGUGUAACCUUUGGGGAUGGAGGGAGUACCAUUUAACCUGCUUAAAGAACUAUAGUUUGUUAAUUCUUUUAUAUGUUUUUUCUAUUUUAGAGAGAGAGCUUAUAUAAGUAUCAAUUGAAACUUUUAUACAAUUUCACCUACUAAGCAACUAAAUAAUCCAGUUUGUUACUACUACUACUACUUCUAUUAUGUGACGAGCCUUUGCAUAAUAGUAUAUUUGUAUAAAACCACGUAGCUGAGCCACCUACCUAUUUCUCCCAAAUAAUUUCUCACAAUUAUUUAGG